AUGAGCAUAAGCGAUUGCAUCCAAAAACUUUCAACUGUGAAUAAUCGUGAGCGUGCAGACCAUACCUCAAUGGGAGUUCUUUUAUUUAGUGGAAUAGAAGGCGACACAUUUAUCAAUUUCGGAAAGAGGAAGGCCGAGUGGACUCCAGAAGAGAUCCGCAAGGAUCAGAAGGUGCUCGCCCUAAUUCAGUUGCAUCUUCAUAAUGAUAUUUUGCGGAGUGUCUCGAAAGAGAAAAUAACUGCAGAACUAUGGCUAAAAGCGGAAUCGAUCUGUAUGUCCAAGGAUCUAACCAAGAAGAUGCAGAUGAAGAUGAAGUUUGUUCACCACGAAGAUGAAGGAGGAGGAUUCAUGAUGAGCCACAUUGCUUUGAUUCAAGAAGAUCGUCGCCGACCUAGUGUCGAUGGAGGUGAAGAAGUUUAUGAGGCUCUCCGAUCUAGGGAGAAGAUGAGAGGCAUGGUGCGUAAUGACGAGGCGUCGUCCUCUAAGGGCGAUGCUUUGCAUGUGAGAGGCGAAUCGAAAAGAUCCUCCAAUGAUGACAAUGAUGGAAGAAAGAACUACGAAAGGAGAGGCCGUUCAAAGUCCAAGCCGCAUGGUAAUAAAAAGUUCUAUGUUUAUUGCAAGCUGACAAAUCAUAAUGUUGAGGAUUGCAGAAAAGUACAGAAUAAGGAGAAGAGGAAAAACAAGUCGGCUGGUAAGGUCUCUGUUGCUGCUGCUACGUCUGAUGAUGAUUCUGGAGAUUGUCUGGUAGUAUUUGCUGGUUGUGUUGCUGGUCAUGAUGAAUGGAUUCUCGAUUCCGCAUGUUCAUUUCAUAUUUGCACUAACAUAAAUUGGUUUAGCUCGUAUAAGCCUGUGCAGAAAGGGGAUGUUGUGCGGAUGGGAGAUGAUAACCCGUGUGACAUUGUGGAGAUUGGAUCAGUUCAGAUCAAGACUGAUGAUGGCAUGACACGCACGCUGAAAAACGUCAGGUAUAUACCAGGGAUGUCCAGAAAUCUUAUCUCAUUGAGCACGCUUGAUGCAGAAGGUUACAAAUAUUCCGGUUCAGAUGGCGUUCUGAAGGUAUCAAAAGGUUCUCUUGUUUGCUUGAAAGGUGAUCUUAAUUCUGCAAAGUUAUAUGUCCUUAGAGGGUGUACUUUACCUGGUUUUGAUUCCGCUGUUGCUGCUGUUACUAAUGAUGAACCUAGUAAAACUAAUCUUUGGCAUAUGCGUUUGGGACAUAUGAGUCAUCAUGGUAUGGCAGAAUUGAUGAAGAGAAACCUGCUUUGGAUGGUCGCACUUGAGUAA